AUGGUCCCUACUCCCGGCAAGGAAGGGUUCUCAGUCAGUCACGGUGGAGAUGAACUUUUACUCUACCGGGAGCUCGAGACGCUUACAAUGACAAAAACACGACGACUUGACACCCGCGAUCGCAGCAGACGAGUGGCACAUCAGGUCGCAGAGUGGACAUCACAAUAUGAUGAUCUCACAGAUGCUUUUUUGGCAUACAAGCAGGCCUGCACUCUGCCUCCAAUCUCUGACACUGAUAGUGUUCGCACAUCUAAUGUUCUCUUAGAGCGUUGUGUCCAAACUUUUAGAUCACUUUCUCCAUUCAUCAAUGUGUCCUUACUUCGUUAUGGCUGCAUAGGCAGUUCGCCUACUCGCCCAAUGGUUGCGAUCACCAUUCAUACCCUUGACGUGUUCCGACAAAGUCAUCGCGUAUGCCCAAGGUUCAGUAUCCACGCUGCAUCAAAGAUGCUUUGCUUCAUGCAUGACCUUAGUUAUCAUCGGCACCUAGCCGAACAGAUGCGCACUGCAUUUGAUUUCCUUGGACGUGACACAGAGAAUUGGCACAUGCUCAAUUCUUGCCCAGCUUGCCAAUAUAAGCUGGUCGAUGAGCCGACUCUGGACUUCUCGAUUCUGUGUGCAUGUGAUGGGAAUAACUCAGCAAAACUUGUUGAUCCCGCAGUACGUAGCGGUGAGGAACGUCUUGACCCUCGCUCAGGGCUAUCGCCAAUCUGGCUCAUGGAGUCGUACAUUGACCAAUUUAAAGACAAAGUCCGAUCUCCUCGGGCACAUCAAGCUAGGCAACAACCUAGUGACCCUGAUGAUCCAUGGAUAGAUGAACCGGACUCGAACGAUUCUGCAGAGCCACCCACAAUAUGUGUUGACCGCUGGCGUAAUGCAGCGCCCAAAUCACGCAAGAAAAUGUUCGCUAUAUUUAAGAAGUCUGGGAUAUUUGUCACAGUGUGCCAACAUGGUUUUCUCCUUACCAUCUGUGAUAUGGUCCGAAGCGGCGAACUGAUGAAAUACCCGAUCGCUAGCAUGAAGAAGCUCAUGGACGUCUUUGGCAGCAAUAUACUUUAUGGGUAUGAUAUCAAGUGUGCCUUCGAAAAGAUUAUAUGA